CAACUGUUUUUACAGCUGACACACUUCCUAUUCAGCGCAGCCCCAGCUCUGAACUUGUGAAUACGGACCUUCCCAGAGUAAAAAGUUAUUGAAGCCUGCAUUUAUCCCUAUAUUUACGUCUCAUUCGUUUGAAAAUAAAAAAAAGCAAACCUGGUGGAGAAAUGCAGCGUCUUGUUUAGAAAGUGGACGACACCAUGUCAAACACGGAACGAGGGGGGAGCGUUCGAAACAACUUUAUUAAUACAGAAAGCACCUUAACAUCAGUACCACGGUUGCUGUUACUCUCCCAGCAUUCAUUUUCGGUCUUCCGUGUGGAUGGAUAGAGGGGAGGGUGAGACACAAGGGGGAGGAGGUGAGGUGGUGGCGACGGCGGUGGCCGGUUGACAAGCCUAUUACCGUCUUUUUGUGUCGCCUUUCACUGCCAUACACGCCAGUCAACCCGGUAGCGACACUUAACUUACUUCCUGAAUGCGGCGGCUCCGGGGUUAACCGGGAGUUUCAGAGGGUGAUCGGCGGCUGCUACCGUUGUCCGCGCGGGCUCCCCUACACCUCCUCCUCCCUAUCCUCCUCAUGGAUGGUGCGCAAUAAAAAAAAUCACCCGGAGAGGCCGAGUCCGACAUUUUACCCCGGUCCGGAGGAGCCUUAACUCCGAGGGGACAUCCGAGGACACGCUUUAAGGCUAAAAGGUCGACAACUGCAGGAUUGCGACAUGUGAAAAGGACUUGACUCCUUGAGCUUCACAGCUUUCAACCCUAAAUUCCACUUAAACUGACUUUGUGACCACGACCUGACACCCUCCUGCCUCGGGCAUGCCUCAGCCGGGAAUGAAUGGGAUGGAGCCUGCAUUUGGCGAGGCCUAUGGGGGGCACAGGGGCUUGUUAAGCCCUUACCCUCUGGCCAUGUCGCCACAAGGGGGCAGGACAGAAUAUGACCAGGGCGAUCUCCUCAUGCUGGGCUCCCCAGCGUCGCCAAGGAAACGACCCUUUGAGUUGCUAAGCGACCUGGUGGAUGAUGGCGGCUUUGGGGAGGACCUUCACCCUGAGCGCUGGGACGUGUCUGCCCUGGAUGAAAUGGCUCGCUACACCAAGCUGGGCCUGGGUGUAGCAGGCGAGCUGGCCGGGUCGGAGGAGGCCGUGCUGAUGGGCCGCUGGGGAAGAAGCCACGACGAGGGAGCGGAGGAGGAGAUGGGAGAGGAAAAGAGGAGCAACAGUGCCUCGGUACCCUCUGCCAAUCAUGUCGUUCAGGACACUGCCGCGGGGAGGGAGGAUGGUCACAUGUCUGUUGCCACGACAACAGAGCAGGAUCAAUGUGUUGCGGGAGGCUUGGCAGAAGGAGGUCAGGAUGGGGGGAUGUCAAAGGAGCACACAGUGGAGGUGUAUCAGGUGGGACAACAGGAAGAGGAAGAGGAAGAGGUGGCAGCAGCAAGUCUGGCCUUGGAGCACUGCAGCGAGGAGCACAACUACUCCUUGGGUCAGGGAGGGGACCUGGCGCCGGGGCCUUGCGUCCAAACGGAGGAGAACAACGAGGACGCACAACGGGAGAUACAAGAAAGGGAGGAAAGCCCGGUACAUCUGGAUGACGAGGAGCAGCAGGACGAGGAGGAAGAGGAGGAAGAGGAGGAAGAGGAGGGCACGGAGGAGACGGCGGUGGAGGCGGAGCUGUCCAGCUCCUCAGAAAGUGAUUGUGAGGCGGAGGCAGAGCCCGUCACGCAGCCAGGUGAGCGGCCGUCGAAGCGACGGUGUUUCUGGGAGUACAGACGAGCCAGAGAGACGGCCUCCAAGAAGAAACUGGGUGGAGACGUCCACUGGUCCCUGUCCUGGAGCUCCAGCACUCUGCCCAGCACGCUGUACCGCAGAGAAGGUAAAAAGGGACGCCGCAAAGCUCGUAAGACGGAUGCCAGUGACCUGACACCCAACCCUCAGAAGCUCCACAACAUCGGUGAGCAGCUGCAGAAGCUCAACGCCGCCAUCGACGGCAUGGGUCCCGUCAACGAGCUCCCUGCUGUGGCCCGGGCGCGGUCGAGGAAGGAGAAGAACAAGCUGGCCUCCAGGGCGUGCAGGCUGAAGAAGAAGGCUCAGCACGAAGCAAACAAGAUCAAGCUGUGGGGCCUGAACCAGGAAUAUGAGAAUCUUCUUGGGGCUUUGCUGCGAAUCAAAGAAGUGAUCAGACGACGGGUGGAGAGCAGCGAGGACGAGGACACGGAUGAACGAGGGAUGACUCAGCGCCUUGAAGACAUUCUUCGGGAAUCCAGUGGGCCUUUAGUCGCCGGGCGGACCAAAGACUUUGUGCAGAGAAUUUUGGCGGCCAGUGCGGGCGGUCAGAACCAGCGGAAAGAGCCCCUGCAGGAGGGAGACGGUACAGCGGGGUAAAGUCUCAACACCUGCUGCUCCUCAUCUUUUCUCCUUCCUCCCUCUGUGCCCCCGCGCCGACCGACCCGACCUGACCUGACCUGACCUGACCUGAGGAGGCUCCGCUCCACCUCCACCUCCACCCUGUCAACAUGGUAACAUAAGAGCGGAGGAAAGGUGAAGCAGGAAAAAAACACGCUGGAAAAUUAGAGGGGGGCAAAGGAGGGAGGAGUAGUCUAAACAAAACGGAAUGAAAUUGCCACUUUGCUCCCUGUCCUCCUCCAAAGAGCAGUCGUCUUCAGUGUCCGGUCCCGGCACCAAAACCACCGACUGAUCAGAGCUGCUGCUGAUGGUGUGUUUGUGUUCCGUCUGUGUGGGCGAGUGUGUGUGUGUGUGUGUGUGGGUGGGUGUUUGUGUGGUGGACCUUUAACAUACAGUACGAGUGUGUGUGUGUGUGUAGUGUUCUUCUCUCCCUGUGUGUGCUGUAUUUGUACCCCACUGUGCCUAUGACUAGACAUUGCACUGUUUCGUAGAUGGUCGUAGUUGUUGGCAGGGGGCGGUAGUGAGCAGAGGGCACCGAGGGGGGAAGGGAGGGGAGGGGGCAUCUGAGGACAGAGGAAGUGCUAAAUAUGAAGUGGGAGGAGCCCAGGCCUGUGUGUGUGUGUGUGUGUGUGUGUGUGUGUGUGUGUGCAAACGACUUUGCUCCUGCAGAAAAACUGCAGCGAUCGAACUGCAUCGGAAACGUCAAUGAGUGAAAACCAGGUGACCAGAUGAAAGAGCAGCUGUUGCCAGAAACACUGUGUGUGUGUGUGUGUGUGUGUGUGUGUGUGUGUGUGUGUGUGUAAAGUUCUUCAGAGCUUUAAUUCCCUCACCAGCUCUCUAUCACCCGCCUAAAAUAUGAGAAAAACAAAUCUUGCGAAAUGCACCUUAAUUCCAAGUGACCAAAGAGAACAGAGGCUGCAGACUGAUGCAGACACUGCCAACCAUCAACACAUAAUUAUCAUGUUUAAAAAAAACAUAUUUGACAUGUUUACUCACAGCCAUCCAGGACUGGAUGACGUCACUGACCCAUUUACACUGAUGCACUACCGUCAUGUGUCUAAUAGACCAUGGUGUGACUGAGUGACUGUGUGAAGUACCACAGCCUGGUGCUCCUCUGCACUGAGUUGACACUACAUGAGUGUCGGCCUGACCAUGACCACUCUGCAUUUAUGAGAUUUAUUAUUAUUGUUAUUAAAUCUUAAUCAAAGUGUACAAAAAUACAUUUAAAUCAUUUUCAGUUUCUUUAUCUAAAAGCCAAAAAAACAGGAGAUACUGUAAGAUUAAAAUUUUUAAAAAUCUACAGGCUCCCCCUGGUGGCCGAAUUGAUAACAACGCACAUUAGGUUGUAGAGCAAGACGCCAUUUUCCCUAAUCCUCUUAACAUGAGUGGGUUUUAUUAGAGCGUGAUACAGUUUUUAUUUUCGGUUUCAACCUUUGUGACAAAAUCAAGAGGAGAAUUAGUUUAUUCAUUAAACAACAACAGGCUGAACUGAGCUGAGGCCACAAUCAGUCAGGCUCAUCCAUGUAGUGUGAACACCUGUAGUCCUGAACAGAACUGGCCUUUGACUGAGUGCCCCCCGACCCCCGUGCCCUCUCCUCGACCCCUGGCCCGGUUAUGUAGCGCACCUUCCUGAAUUGCAAUGACAAAUGGAGAAGAAAAAAAAAAACAACUUGUAGAUUUAGAAAAAACAAGUAAGUUCAAUUUGUUUGUUUUUUUUGUUGUUUUUUUUUUUGUACUUGUGUUACAAUUAUACUUAUUUGGCAACGCCACAGCCCACCUAGUGGGCGUUCUUGUAAAUGAACUCUGCCUUUCUUCUGUGGUCUUUGCUAAACUAGACUUGUACACAGUCUUUAAACAGUGGGACAUGAAAUGUCCAACCUUUUUUUUUUCAAUUGCACUGUGGUAAAAGUAACUAAGCACCUUUUUAAGUGAUCCUCCAAAAAAAAAGAACCUUUGGCACCUUUUUUUUUUUUUUUUAUAUUUUGUUUUUGCCCCUGAUGAUUUGGGUUUGUGUUAGCAUGGUGCUACUGUGUAAUGAGAAGACACUGACUGGGUUUUGGCCACAGUUUGUUUGUAUCGUGUUCUCUUUUCUGAAGUGCCUGCAGCCUGGAGCCACAGGGACCUGUGUCACAACUGAACCAAUGACUACUGCUGCAGGGUCAGACUCCUGUCAGGUGCUUUCACACCCCCCCAAAAAAAACCCAACUUGACCACAAUAUUCUCCCAACAUAAGAAAACACCAGAGCAUCAACCCUAAGAGGAAGAGUGACCGUCGGUGAAAUCAUCUCCUCGGUUCUUCGACCUUGACGACAAGCUCUCGACGUGGCUGUGAUCCAAAGCUGCUGCUCAACAACACUGUUCCAUGUUUCAGCCAGAAGAGAGAGAGAGAGAGAGAGAGAGAGAGAGGUCGUCAAACUCUUCAACUCCAGACAGUUUACUUUCCUUUUUCUUCUUCAUUUUUUUUACACCAACGUCUACGCAUGCAACGAACCAACUGUACUGUAAACACGACUCCUGUUGUUCUGGAAACACUCUGCUGCUGCUGCUGCUGCUGCUGCUGCUGCUGCUGCUACUGGGGCCCCAUCACAACAGCACAUGGCUUUGUGAGAAGUGAUGCCGCAGCAAAAGGCUCCAACGUCACUGAGGCUUUUUAUUUUUAUUUUAUUUUAUUUUAUUUUAAAAAGCGCCUCAGGGGCCUGCUCGGGUUUUUCCUGUGAUUUACUUGACAGCAAUAAAACGACAGCAGACAGUUGAUGCAGGACAAGGGGAGAAACUCUCAGCCCGUGCGCUGAAAGUGCUCUUUGUGCUCAUCCCCCCGCUGAGAAGUAGCGUUCUUUCCUCCUCCUACUUUUCUUUUCAAGGCUUUGGGAAGCCGGCGAGGCUGCCAGAGGAGUCACAGGAUCUCUGGCUGUCAGCAGCUUCGCUCACAUGCCGUCACGCAGCAGCACAGGAGGAAGAAAAGAGGGAGAGGAGAGGAGAGGAGAGGAGACAGCGGGAAAACAAUUUUACACAUCGUUCAAGCUCCAAACGUUGUACAUGCCAUCUGUCAGCGUUGUGGAGGGCCGGGGGUCUCUGGGUUUACAGGACAUUCCACGUGAAGUGUAUAAACACGUCCUGAUGUUUCCCUUCAUCCACAGCGGUGUUAAAUAACACACAGCAUCUGCAGCGAGCACUGAUCUCGAUGCCAAAAAAGUGAAAUGAAGGGAAAACCAGAGACGGGAAUGAUUCUUCUUCACUGAACCCAAACAACAGUUACCACAAGGAGCCGGAUUUGACGGCGUUAACGUGAGAUCACGUUCCCUGAUUUGUCUCUGAUUUGCAGCGAGACUUCAGCAGGGAGAGGCCGGUCUUGGCAGCGACACUUGUCUCACAUUCCUGAUUCCGUUUUUCCCAGAAAGUGUGUGUAUUUACAUUUACCUGGAAGGAGGAGAAGGAGGAAGGAAUGUUUCAGUCGGGAGCGAAGCUGACAGCAAGAUGGCGCUCUGCCGUUUAAUGUCGUGCGUUAUUCAUGGUGGGGUGUGGGAGGGUGAGCUGAGGAGCAGACGGGGGGGGGAGGCGAGGAGAUGCUGAAGCUCAGGCCGAUCCUAGAAAAUAAACUUUGAGUCACUUCCUGUGCGUGUCCCAGGUCGACUGAGGAGAGAAGAAGAAAAGAAUUCUUCCUCUUUUGAUGAUGUGUUCACAAAGAAGAGGGAAUUCAGCUAAUGAUGGGGUCGGCUCUUCUCAGAGGGUGAUGAAUAGAACCAAUGUGGAAGAGCAGCUUCAAGGGUUCACUGUCUGUGUUCCCAGUGAUGGGUGUGACGACGACGAGGACACGUUUAUAUCUGAGGAGGUGAAACGAUUUAGAUGAUUGGAAAUGAAAAAAACAAAAAACGCUGCGACUCCACAGACAGACAGACAGCACUUUAUUAAUCCCUCGGGAGUUCUCUUCGGGAAAUUUAGGUCAAAAAUCAAAGAAAAUCUGGAGAGCGGAUCAGGAGCGGCUCUGAUACUGUGCUGUCUCGGUGUCAGGGAAUCAAACCCACGUCUUCAGUGACGGAUGAAGAAGCUGGCCGUUAAACCAACGAGGACGUUCUUAGCUUCUUCUGAAAUAAACUCACUAUGACACAUCUGACUUCAGUGAGUCGCGGCCUGUCAUGUGACCUCAGCAGUUUUUCGUGUAGCUAAAUGGACCGUCAGUAAACCAAGACCUGUGGGACACUGCUGACCUCCUGGUGUCCGUCUCCCCUCUGCUCCACUGCUCACAUUGUCGUCGACACUCAGGCUUCUCUAAUGUCAAACGACCGGUAGAAUGUCUCGCAUCAGUCUGGGAUACAGAACCAUCGACUGUAAAUUAGAACGGAUGGAGACGUGUCCACUCACUGCAGGUCGUGGAGUGGAGCACCGGGAUAAAUACAGCAGAAAAUCUCACAAAAUUCCCAGCAGUCAACGGGCGAGGGCGGGGCAACCAGUGGACAGUUGACCCAUCCAAAGAUCUGACCCAACGGACUGAGGCUGACCCUGUCCUGCUGCAGCCACACGACUGUGAUGAACUGUGAUUAUUUUUUGUGAUGGAAAUGACCCAGAAAUCCCUAGACCCCGCCCCCUUCUGUUCCCUCAUCAUGACCCUGGUGGUGAUGAACGAACGGCUGAAACGCCUCCUCUGACUUCAACCAAAACCGAGUCGGUCGUUUGCUGUCGACCUUCCUGUUACGGUCAGACUUUGGGCCGCGAGCCACCCCUCCCUCCCGCCCUCCUUCUUCUUCUUCAACAUCUGAAAAAAACAACAGACAAGGGAAAAAUUGAGUUAAAAAAAAAACAAACAUUCCACAAUGUCAUGUCAUAUACUGUACAGCGAACAUUUCUUCUUUUUCUUUUUCUCAGUAAUUCACAGGACUUCAGUAAAGUCUCUGGACCUGUUAACACCAUAACCUUCUGUGUGUACACGUCCUCUGUCACUGCGUAACCUUUAAGAAAAUAGUUUAAAAAAAAAAAAAGAAAAACACAAAUAAAAGAAGUGCCGUACAAAUAGAAGCCUAAUAUUUUUUUGCGUUUUGGGUUUUUGUGUGAGUGUACUGUAAGCCUGUACAAUGUAUAUUUUAAUAUUUAUAUGCAGCUGUUGUAUUAAAGGUAUAUUUUUAAAAUAAA